GUAACAUAUUCCGUAAACACGAGUUUUGUGUGUUAAAACCUUAUUGUUUAACGUUUAAAGGUGUUUCGGGGACGGAGUUUCAGCCAUGGCGAUGCAAGCAGCUAAACGAGCGAAUAUCCGUUUACCUCCGGAGGUGAACAGGAUCCUGUACAUCCGGAACCUGCCGUACAAGAUCACAGCAGAAGAAAUGUACGAUAUCUUUGGGAAAUAUGGACCGAUUCGGCAGAUUAGAGUUGGGAACACACCAGAAACCAGGGGAACCGCUUAUGUAGUGUAUGAGGACAUCUUUGAUGCUAAAAAUGCCUGUGACCAUCUUUCUGGAUUCAACGUUUGCAACAGAUACCUGGUUGUUUUGUACUACAAUGCCAACAGAGCUUUCCAGAAAAUGGACACAAAGAAAAAAGAAGAACAGCUGAAACUUCUCAAGGAGAAAUAUGGCAUAAAUACAGACCCCCCAAAGUAGCACGGUGGUUAUCCCUCAGCUCCCCAAGUGACCCUGUUUUAACAAGAAUGAAAAUAAACUACAUCUUUUGUAUAGAUAAUUUACCUUGAUUUUAUAUAUUAAACAUUGAGUGUUAAGAUUUUUUUUCCAGUUAUAAAACUUGUUUGAACACAUUUGUACCACUAGGUGGUUAUUUUGCAUCUUUACUCAGACCUUUGUAAUUGGGUUUUAUUUUGAAUUAAUGAAUAAAUCAUAUCAUCUUGUUCAAACA